AUGUGUCCAAAUGGGUGGAAGCUAUUGCAUGCAAGACCAACGACCAUAGAGCAGUUUCUGAAGGACAAUAUCUUUGUUCGUUUUGGUACUCCCCAAGCAAUCAUACGUGAUGGAGGGUUUAUUCAUAAUUGGGAGGAGUUGGCCACAAAGUUCUUGAAAAAUUUCUUUCCAACCCAAAGGACUAGGCAAUUAAGGAGGGAGAUUCAAACCUUCCAACAAAAAGAUGGAGACCUAUUCUUUGAGGCGUGGGAGCACUUCAAUGAGCUACUUCUAAAAUUCCCACAUCAUAAUCUAUCUCAAGACGAUCAGAUGGCUACCAUGGAGAGGAAACUGGAUACGCUAGUAAAAGCCAUGACUACUCAUCACAUCUCUCCCAUUCAACAAAUUGCUCAAGUUGAGACCAAUACUCAGACCAAUCAAGCUAUUCAAAGGUUGGAAACACAAGUGGGGCAGUUGGCCAAAGAGCUGAGCGAGAGAAAGAGGGGCGAAUUUCCAUCCCAAACACUACCCAAUCCAGGAGGUCAUGAGCAACUCAAGGCUGUAACAAUCCUCAGAAGUGGGAAGACCAUUGAUACCAAGGUGGGAAUUGAGGAGACAAUACCAACAUCUCCAACUGCAGCCACAACCUCCAAGGUAAGUGAAAAAGAGAAGGUGAGUGCACCACCCUUCCCUCAGAGGAUUGGUGACAAACUUUUUGAUCGUGCAUUACUGGAUUUGGGAGCAUGUUUCAAUCUAUUUCCAUACACUAUAUAUGAGAAAUGGGGUCUAGGGGAGCUCCAACCAACCACAAUCACCUUACAAUUGGCAAACAGAAGCAUUAAAAGGCCGAGAGGUAUUUUGGAAGAUGUCCUCGUAAAGGAUCAUCUUGAUUGUUUUAAUGUCUGUGAAGUUCAAACUUCUGUGGAGAAAGCUUUUCAGGUCCAUCGUAUUGAUCCAUUGGAGGCCACUCUCACUCACAGUUUCAAGAUGCAAGACAUUGAGCCCGAUUUUGAGGAUUUUUCUGAUGACAUCAUUGAAGCCGUGCAAUUCCUUGAUGCAUCUCCACCACAUUCAAGUAAGUAUGCACCUCCCUUUGAAAUGCUUGAGCCAACUAAUACUACUCUUGUUCCAUCUAUUGACCAGGCACCAAUUUUAGAGUUGAAGCAGCUUCCGACCCAUUUGAAAUAUGCCUACCUAGGAGACAAUGAGACACUACCAAUAAUAAUUGCUGCAGAGUUAAGUUUCGGGGAAGAGGAUAAGCUUUUAAGGAUUCUCAGAGAGCAAAAAACUGUAAUAGGAUGGACUAUUGCCGACAUCAAAGACAGCAAAUGGGUAAUUCCGGUUCAAGUAGUGCCGAAAAAGAGUGGAAUUACAAUGGUGAAGAAUGAAGAAGAUGAGUUGAUGUUAGAAAGGUUAGCUGGUCACAACUACUAUUGUUUCUUGGAUGGGUACAGUGGGUACAAUCAGAUUGCCAUAGCUCCAGAAGAUCAAGAAAAGACCACAUUCACAUGUCCUUUUGGCACAUUUGCCUACCGGAGGAUGCCAUUUGGAUUAUGCAAUACACCUGCUACAUUCCAAAGAUGCAUGAUGAGCAUCUUUUCAGACAUGGUGGAAAAAUUCAUUGAGAUUGUCCUAAAAAGGUGUGAAGACUGCAAUCUAGUGCUUAAUUGGGAAAAGUGCCAUUUCAUGGUAAAACAAGGCAUCGUGCUAGGUCAUGGUAUAUCUAGCAAAGGUAUUGAGGUCGAUAAGGCAAAGAUUAACAUCAUCUCCAAACUCCCUCCGCCUAUGACGGUAAAGGGUAUAAGAAGUUUUCUGGGGCAUGCCAAAUUUUAUAGAAGAUUCAUCAAGGAUUUCUCCAAGAUUUCUAGACCCCUCUGCGCAUUGUUGGCCAAAGAUACAAAGUUUGUAUGGACUGACGAGUUCAUGGAUGCUUUCAAUUUAUUGAAAACACUACUUACAUCUGCACCAAUCAUGAUGGCACCAGACUGGAACCUCCCAUUCGAACUUAUGUGUGAUGCCAGUGAUUUUCCCUUGGGAGCUGUUUUAGGCCAGCGAGUUGAUAAGUUUAGUUCAUAUCUGAUUGGAUCUAAAGUCAUCAUCUUCACUGAUCAUGCUGCUCUCAAAUACUUGUUUGCAAAGAAGGAUGCAAAACCUAGGUUGAUUCGAUGGGUCUUACUACUGCAAGAAUUUGAUCUAGAAAUAAGGGAUAAAAAAGGUAGUGAAAAUGUGGUUGCAGAUCAUUUGUCCAGGCUGCUUCAUGAAGAAGAAGGGAGUGAGCUCCCCUUAGGCGAACAAUUUUCAGACGAGCAAUUAUUUGCCAUCAAUGUCCACCCUCCUUGGUAUGCAGACAUUGUGAACUACAUGACUACAAAGGUUUUUCUCCCAAUGCUUGUGACAAAUGCCAAAGGACAGGGAACAUCUCUUCCCGAAAUCAAAUGCCAUUACAAAAUAUUCAAGAGGUCGAACUCUUUGACGAAUAUAUUUUCACUCGAUUUGGGAAACCAAGAGCGAUCAUUAGUGAUGGAGGAAGCCAUUUUAACAAUCACCCUUUUUUCUUCUUUGCUAAAGAAGUACGGGAUCACACAUAAGGUAGGUACUCCAUAUCAUCCCCAGACCAGUGGACAGGUGGAGGUCAGCAAUAGAGAAAUCAAGAGCAUCUUGGAGAAGACAGUGAACACUAACAGAAAGGAUUGGUCUUUGCGCUUCAAUGAUGCACUAUGGGCUUAUCGGACUGCUUACAAGACCCCAAUUGGUAUGUCACCAUAUCGGUUAGUCUUCGGGAAGGCCUGCCAUUUACCUGUGGAGCCAGAGCAUCGAGCAUACUGGGCAAUAAAGCAACUCAAUUUCAAUAUGAGGCAAGCAGGUGGAAAGCGGAAAUUGCAGCUGGUUGAGCUUGAAGAAUUGAGACAUGAUGCCUAUGAAAAUGCGUAA